AUGGAUACUCCAUAUUUACAUGAUUGCCAAGUUUUCAAGUUUGAUGGCAAAAAUAAUUUUGAAGAUUGGCAUCAAUAUAUGAAAUGUUUUUUCAAUGUUGUUGGAUUAUGGUCCAUUGUUGAAACAGGAUUUGAGGAACCCCCAAAAGGUACAACAUUGACAGGUGAUGCAGCUAAGCAAUUAGAGAAAAAUAGACAAUUGGAUUAUAAGGCACGUUACUAUCUCACUAGCAAGGUUGAAUUGCAUGUAUCUAACAAAUUUUUGCAUGCAAAAUCAACUAAGGAAGCGUGGAGAAUCUUGGUGAAUUCACAUCGAGGUUCCGCCGAAGUAAAGAAAGUCAAAUUGCAAGACCUAAGGAGACAGUACGAGUUGGCCCAAAUGAAACCAAUAGAAUCCGUUAAAGAAUUCAUUAUAAGAAUUACUAAUAGUGUCAACGACAUGAGGACCAAUGGAGAAGUACUAGAUGAAGUUAAAGUGGAUGAAAAAAUAUUACGGUCCUUGGGUAUAAAAUUUUACACGAAGAAGGUGGUUCUUGAAGCUACCAAAGAUCAUAGCCCUUUUACACUUGAUGAUUUAGAAGGUGAAUUGGUGACAUAUGAGAUGUCCCUGACUCAAGACACCCCCGAAAUAGUGGAGGAGGCGUUGCAAGCAAAGGUGAAUCAACCUAAAGCAAAAGAAGAGAUAAGUUAUCCUAAAGAAACAAAUCAAAGAUACCAGAAUUUCAGAGGUAGAGGUCGUGGUAGAAGUAACUAUCGAGACAGACGUGGUAGAGAUAAUUUUUCUUAUCAACAAAGAAAUAGUAAUAAUUUCUGGAAGGAACAACAAGGUCAUCAAAAUUUUCAAAGACAUGAUAAAUCUAAGAUUCAGUGCUAUAAUUGUGGUAAAUUUGAACAUUAUGAAAGCGAAUAUUGGUCUAAUAAAUUUGGUAAUAAAGACGUACAUGCUAAAAUGGCUGAAAUAAUGGGGAUAAACAAGAGACUUUAUUGUUUUCUAAUUCUGGGGUUGAAGAAACUAAAGGGAAUGAGUGGUUUAUUGAUUCGGCUACAUCAAUCAUAUGAGUGGAAAUAA